AUGGCCGUCGCCAUGAUCGACAAACGGGCAAAGUUUCAGCAGGUCCGACAUAUCCUCAAAGUCUUGGCAAGGGUAGUUCAGCUGAGGAGUGCGGCGAUGGCGUUCCUUGUGGCGUCGCCGAAGCGCACUGGCCCGAUCGGUUGGCCCUGCACCUUCAUUAACGGCGAGCUAGCUUCUUGCUCUCGACCAACUUUUACCAUGAUUAUUCCGCCCGCCACUACUGCGAUCGAGUUUUCUGGACAUGUGUUACACGGCGGCCGUCGUUCCCGUGAUAGAAGCCACGCGCCUAGUCAGCUGCACGGUGGACGCCAACCGAGUUGCAAGCACACCAAGGACUCCAUCAAGCAACCUGACCGCGACCUUUGCAAGAUUGUACAAAGUUAA